UUAAGAUUGGAACCUUCUGCAAACAACACCCUUUGCAUCCACUGUAAAAUGAAUGAGGACAGGUGAAAGGAGAGGAGAGGGAAGAAGGCGAGGAAGAGGAGGCAUGGGAACAAGGACGAGGAAGGUGCUCUCAGGUCUGCAGAGAGAGGUGUUGGGGCUUUACAGAGGAUUUCUCCGAGCAGCUCGCAGAAAGGGCCCCGAGGAGCGGUCGGAGAUCGAAGCGGUGGUGCGUUCGGAGUUCCGGAAGAUGGCGGUUUUAGUGGAUGCAAAGGAUUUCAUGAGAGUGGAGUAUUUGUUGCGGAGGGGAAAGAAGCAGCUCGAACAACUCAACACCCCUGAAACCCUCUCCAUCUCGUCCCUUAAACCUCCUUGAACCCUCCCCCUCUCUCUCUUUCUCUAGAUCUCUCUAUCUAGGGGAACCGCAAUAGAAUCAUAGAAAUCUCAGUGGAAUCACCCCAAUGCUUAUUCUCUAUGUUGAUUCAAGAAAUUUCAAAUCUCAGGAAUUUACCGUUUCAUUUGGGUUUCCCUUCUCUCUAUAGGGUUAUCUCUCUCUAGGGGAACCCCAAUAUAAUCAUAGAAACCUCAAUGGAACUAUCCCAAUGCUACUUCUCUAUGUUGAUUUAAGAAAUUUAAAUUCUUUGGAAUUUGCCAUUUAUUGUGGGUUUCCUUACUCUCUGCAGGGGAACCCCAAUAUAAUAAUAGAAACCUCAGUAGAAUAAUCCCAAUGCUGCUUCUAAUGUGUUCAUUUAAGAAAAAAAAUUCAAUUCUUAGGAAUUUGCCAUUUCUUUUGGGUUCCCCUACUCUGUCUCUAGGGGAACCCCAAUAUAAUCAUAGAAACCUCAGUGGAAUUAUCCCAAUGCUGCUUCUAAUGUGUUCAUUUAAGAAAAGAAAUUCAAUUCUUAGGAAUUUUCCAUAUCUUUUGGGUUCCCUAAACCAUAUGGGAAAGUGGAGGGUCUUCUAGAGUAAACUAACCCAGAAAUUUGAGUUGUCCCAUUUGUUCUUCUUGCUGGCCCUUUGUUUUUUGGGAAUUGCUUUUGCUUCCCUUUCUGAUCAUAUGUAAGAAUUUCUAUUAAAAAAUUUGCCAAAUUUGUUCAUUUCCUUGAGGCCUGAACAAUCAAUGUUUUCUUGUACUGGAUCACAUGAACUCAGAUUUUAGGUCUCUGCAUUCCUAUUUCGGCCAUUGUGGAAUCAGACCUGUUUGUUUUGUGUGGGAAUAGCUAUUGGAAUAAAGAGAAUUUAGUGGUGGCCGCAAGGAUAUGGUUCAAUUUAAAUGUGGACGGGGCAGCAAAACACAGUCCUGGAGGAGUUGGAUGUGGUGAUGUUAUUCAUGAUGAAAAUGGCUAAAUCAUUGAGGAUUUGCACCUCUUGAGUCGAUAUGCUUGCUACUUACUAAUGAUCAUGAGGAACUAACUACUAUUGAAAUCAGGAUGGGAUGAGCUGUUGCAGAUUGUAGGUGAAGAAUUAUCCUCUCUGGUUCCAUUCCAUAUUUUAAAGAUCUCAGGUCCAUUCCCGAAGUUCGAAUGUUGUCUUCUCGGAGGCGAAUGCAAUCAUUGCAAAUUAUUUAUUUUGAUGUAAGUGGAUUUUCCAAUUUGAAAGUUAUAGUUUUUUGAUGGAGAAAUCAGAAAGCUGCUGAAGAAAGCAUUUAUAUCAUCUUAUUUUCCUUUUUCUCAUGCAAGAUGUAUCAAGGUUCCCAAUUUUCAGUUUUACAGGCCUUCAUGAGCAUGUAAUUUUAUUUUAAUUCAAUGGAAAUCUUUGGUAGGGUUUUUUC